GGAAGUGUAAAUGCUGGGAGGGAGCCGGAAAGGACUCAAGCCACCCUGCGGGAUUUAGGUGGUGUAGAAGCGCUUAUUUCUUCCGUAGAGUCUGGGCUUCACCUCUACCGCGCCCUGUACCCUUCCUGGGGUCUUUUUUGCCUCCUUCCUAGGUCCUUUGCCUCCUGUCCCGGAAAGCCGUCUCACUGCCUCACGAUGCCCCAGCUCGGAUUCCUGCAUGGAAGGGCCUGGGCUGCGCUGCUUGGCCAGCUCCGGCGGCCGCCCGGUGCCGUAUGCACUGGGGCGGUCCGUUCUCAUAGCCAGGUUGCAGAGGCAACAUUAGCAUCCCAACUGAAACCACAUAAAGAGAAACCAAAUUUUAUUCUCAAGACCCCAAAGGGCACUAGAGAUUUUAGUCCCCAGCAGAUGGUUGUGAGGGAGAAAAUUCUUGAUGUGGUUGUUAGCUGCUUUAAACGUCAUGGAGCAAAGAGGUUGGAUACCCCAGCAUUUGAACUAAAGGAAAUGCUUACUGAGAGGUAUGGCGAGGACUCUGGGCUUAUCUAUGAUCUGAAGGAUCAGGGUGGAGAGCUGCUGUCUUUGCGCUAUGACCUUACUGUCCCUUUUGCUCGUUAUCUGGCCAUGAAUAAAGUGAAGAAGAUGAAACGCUACCAUGUUGGAAAGGUGUGGCGGCGGGAGAGUCCAACCAUAGUCCAAGGCCGCUACAGGGAGUUCUGCCAGUGUGAUUUUGAUAUUGCUGGUCAUUUUGACCCUAUGAUCCCUGAUGCAGAAUGUUUGAAGAUCAUGUGUGAAAUCCUUAGUGGGUUGCAGCUGGGGGAUUUUCUCAUUAAGGUCAAUGACCGGCGGAUUUUGGAUGGGAUAUUUGCUGUCUGUGGUGUUCCUGAAAGCAAGUUCCACGCCAUCUGCUCCUCGGUAGACAAACUAGACAAGAUGUCUUGGAAAGAUGUGAGACAUGAGAUGGUGGCAAAGAGAGGCCUGACUCCUGAAGUGGCAGAUCGAAUUGGGGAUUAUGUUCAAUGUCAUGGUGGGGUGUCGUUGGUGGAAGAUAUGUUCCAGGAUCCUGAACUGUCCCGGAACAAGCAGGCCUUGGAGGGCUUGGGAGACCUGAAGCUGCUAUUUGAUUACCUGACUUUAUUUGGAAUUGCUGAGAAAAUCUCCUUUGACCUGAGCCUGGCUCGGGGCCUGGACUACUAUACAGGAGUGAUCUAUGAAGCAGUGCUGCUACAGACCCCGGCCCAGGCUGAAGAGGAGCCACUGAAUGUGGGCAGUGUGGCUGCUGGUGGGCGCUAUGAUGGGCUGGUUGGCAUGUUUGACCCCAGAGGCCACACGGUGCCAUGUGUGGGGCUCAGCAUUGGGGUAGAGCGGAUCUUCUCCAUCGUGGAGCAGAGGAUGAAGACUUUUGGUGAGAAGAUACGGACCACAGAGACCCAAGUAUUUGUGGCCACACCACAGAAAAACUUUCUCCGGGAACGAUUGAAGCUAAUUGCAGAGCUUUGGGAUGCUGGGAUCAAGGCAGAGCUGAUGUAUAAGAACAACCCAAAACUACUAACCCAACUGCACUACUCUGAGGACAUGGGUAUUCCACUGGUGGUCAUUAUUGGUGAGCAAGAACUGAAGGAAGGGAUCAUCAAGCUGCGUUCAGUGGCCAGCAGGGAGGAGGUGGCUAUUAAGCGAGAAAAUCUUGUGGCUGAAAUUCAGAAGCGACUAUCUUGAGUCUUGAUCCUUGCCUGAAUGCCACCUGCUGCUCUUUGUAGAAAAGGUUUCAUCUAGGACUGAGUUCCUGUUCCAGAACUUCACAACUGCUGGCCAGGAUGGCUGACUCGUGCCUAUGCAUCCUCCAUCUUUUCUGGGUACAGAAUUGUAGGAGGUCCUGACGACUCUGGGGCUAGUGUGAGCAGCUAUACUGCAUGGGCGCAGAUGGCUGGUAUGUGACAGAGACAUGCUUUAAUUGCAGAGGCAGAUGGCAGACUUGCAGUGCUGUUGAACGCUGCCAACAUGUGCUAAUAAGAUGGUUGCUGUGAACAAGUCUCUGGGAAAGUCACCUCAGGUUGAGACGAUUCUGAACCACUGAGAUCAGAAGUCAUGUCUUAGCCUUCCACUCUUCGCUUCUGAACCAAAUUCUGGGCAGUUUGACCACCGUGUGGCCUUGGCCUGUCCAGGGAAUUUUUGGUAAACAGCAAGAAGGGGCAAUGACUGCUCUCUGUUUUGUUUGAGGACAGAGAUGCUAGCCCAAGGGCCCAGCAGUGCCCAUAUUAAUAUGACAUCUCUCUAGCCUACCCAGUGUUAAUCAGGGUGGGGCUGUCUGUUUAAUAAUCUUGAAUGUUGAAUUUAAUAGGCGACCUGACAAGAUGGAGAUCUGAUCUUUUGAGACUUUGGAGACCAUUACCUAUGCCUGCUCUAACUAGUCCAUGUCCUGCCGUGGAGGUGGCUGUUCUAGAAGUGGUUGUAUAAUAUAUUAAAUAAAAUAUUAAAUCUA